AAAAGUUAUUUUCUUUCAGAGAAAAGAGGAAGCCAAGGAAACCCUAACCUCUCUCUUGUUGCUCCCUCAUACACUCUCUAACAGAUCAACUCUGUUGAUGCUCCUACAACAGUAACAAAUGUCUGCUAAGAGGUUUCGGAACAUGCUGAAGGAUCUUCCACUUCAACAAGGUGGUUUUCAUCCAGGUCACUGAUACCAAUGAACAAAUCAGGGAAGACUGAGGUGACAAAGUAGUUACAGUAGAUCAUUUAAGUAUAGAAAAGAUUUAGGAGAUGAGAGUAUUUCUAAGAUACCUUUCUGUGUGUAAACUCAUUCACGUUUGAGUGAUAUGUAGAUCACAUUGUAUCACCUUUCUCCCUGGCUCCCAGUUAGGAUUUAGGACAACAAAAAGACUAUGUUUCCUCCUUUUUGUUUUUAGCUGGCCUUACACUGACAUCUUCCUUGAGAUAGUAAGAAAAAGCUGACAGAAUGGAGAAUGUAGGCCUACUGAAUGUUUUCCUCUUUUCAUGGGAAACUGCACUAGACUGUGUUUGUUAUCACUCUGAAUGACAGCCAGGUACAAAAUUAUGAUAUGAUAAUAAUGAAAAGCCUCUUUAUUAUGUAGCCACCUGUGUACCUGGACAGCAUAGAUUUAAUUUUAGACCUUAAAAAAGCUUGUGAGGGGAAAGAAAACCCAAGAAGCAAUAUUUCUGCACUGGUACAUACUUUUCUUGUUGUCAUUUCCCAUUUUUCCUUCUUGUUAUUUUCUUUCCUCUCCACCUUUUGCAGGCCCUUUUCAGACAGAGGCAGCUCGAACUCAUAGAAACAAGACCCCAGGGGAGAGUUCUGUCUGUCAGUUGUUGGGGGAGAGAGAACGGGGGCCUUUUGCAGGCAGCAAUAAGAAGCCUGAAGCACUUUUUUCGCAGCGAAGGGAUGGAGGAACUACUUUUCAAUUCAUGCUGUAUUAUUAUGAUACAAGAAAAGUCUGGCAGUGACACACAACAAACCUCUUCCUUCCAGAAACUGCUGAUAGUCUGGAAUCAAAGUGAAUUUUGAUGGAGAAGGAAGGCCCAGAACAGCCUUACCCCAGAUUGAGGUUGACUCAGCCACACAGUUGGUUUCAGUUUGCAGGCACUUCAGUCUAGUCCCAACAUGAUCCGGAGCGCAGGGAGGAGAGUUCCUUGGAGAUGCCAAGGCUAUUUCAACAGCCACGUUGAAACAUUAGGGAAGCCAACACAUAAUUUCUGAUGUCUGCAUCUUUACACCCUGAAGCUGCACAAGCACUAAUUCACCCUUACAGCAGAUCACACAUGGAGGAGGUUGUGGGACUUUGCCAACCUUUUCAGUGGGAAAUAUUUUAGGAUUGUGGGGGAGGGGUUUACUCUUUCUCUGAUGAUCCCUAAGGCUCUUUGGAAUAUAAACACCGUCUUGAAAGAAGCAUAGUCUGAUUGUGUGCCAGUGUUGCUAGAAUAGGAGUGAAUUCCUUCCUCAUUAAAGACUUGGGAUGGGCUCUCCCAUGUAUUUCACUGCACAAGUGUGUUGGGACAGUUCAACAAAACUAGGGUUCACCUCCCUCACUGGAAGUGAGAACCCACUCCCAAAACUGCAGUUUCUUCUCCCUUCCUGUUGAAGGGGCCAUCUCCUUUUAAACCAUGAAUCAUUACUCUCCUUUAAAUGUGCGGGAGAUGUGUUCUCCAUGAGGCAUCCUCUCCCAAGCAUUCCCCCAAGGGAUUCCGUCACUGAACCCUCUCUUUCCCAGCUGCUGUCAUAUGAGCACAUCUACUUUUAGCCUCCUUUCUCUGUUUCUCCCACCUCUUUGCCCCAUCAGAGUACUUUGAGACUCCUUCCAGGAGAACUUCCUUUUCUCCUCAAAGUAGAGAGACUCUCUAGAAUCUGGAAAGGGUGUCCAGGCUGUUUCCUGGGAUUGCUGCUGGGAUAUAAGAGAGCCUGUAGAUAGGACUUCUGGAGGAUCAGAUGGCUACAGUUCAGAAAAAUGCUUCUCUUCUGGGGCAGGAAGAGCUCACAAUGGAAGGCUGCACAAGGUCCUCAAGGGAAGAGCAAGGGGUGAAGAGUGGCAGUGGGAGUGAGAUACAUCUUGAGAGAGUCCUUGAGCUGCAUACGGCUGUUGCUGCCUCAGAUAUCUGCUUAGCUGCAGCUAGCUAAGCUAGGAACGCUGCAUCUUCAAGGAGCAUAAAAACAUCAGGAGAUAGCCUAAGGGAAACUGCAAAGGGACCCCAAGUGCAGGGCAAAAUAGUCAGCCCUUCCCAAGAAAUCUUCAUACCUUGGAGGACUCUUUGCCCUUGGACUGGCUACCCAAGAUGCCCCAUGUUCAUGCUUUCAGAGGGGGACAGGGGUGAAGCUGUUUGUGUAGGACCUUGCAGGGGAGAGGCAGAACCAGGAAACAGGUGGCUAUGGGUCCCUCAGGGCCCAGCAGGUUGGAAUGGUGCUGCCUCACAGCCGCCUGCUGUGAGGAUCUAGCCAGUGUGCUGAGUACCAUUCAGACGCUGACGGAACUGAGACUGCGUGGAAAUGCCCUGAGAGACCAUGGAGUACAGCUGCUAUGCAAGGGGCUGAAACAUCCCAUUUGCCGGCUGCAGAAACUGGGGUUGUGGGGUUGCAGUCUCACAGAUGCCUGCUGUGGGGAUCUUGCUGCUGUGCUCCGCACCAGCCAGACCCUGCUGGAGCUAGGGCUGGGUGCUAAUGCCCUGGGAGAUGCUGGAGUGCACCUGUUGUGUGAGGGGCUGAAACACCCUGCAUGCCGACUGCAGACACUGGGGUUGUGGGGUUGCAGUCUCACAGAUGCCUGCUGUGGGGAUCUUGCUGCUGUGCUCCGCACCAGCCAGACCCUGCUGGAGCUAGGGCUGGGUGCUAAUGCCCUGGGAGAUGCUGGAGUGCACCUGUUGUGUGAGGGGCUGAAACACCCUGCAUGCCGACUGAAAGCAUUUCGGUUGAACAAAUAUGGAUUCAGUGAAGAAGCUUAUCGGGAGCUGGCUCACAUAAGAAAAAUCAAGCCCAGCCUGAACAUAGGGUACAUCUUUUGAUCAAGACUCUCCACAGCCUGGGUAUUGGCCUUAUGGUUCUAUCACUAGGGUAGCGCAUGUUAAAAGCGAAGCAGGAACCAAGAAAAUGUUUGUUUCAGUUUAGGCAAAAACAAUUCUGAUCAUAUGUGGCUGAGACUGAUCAGUCAUCCUCAGGACAGUAGGAGCUGAGUUUUACCCAAGCACCGUAAAUCUAAAUAAACAGAAAAAAAUGAGGAUAUGGAUGAGUCCAGGAAAUUCCUUCUGUCAUUCUCUGGGGCUUUGGGAUUCAGUGGAGGUGUAUAAGAAUGCACUUUGGAUGCCAAGAGAUUUUUAUUCAGUUUCCAUAGAUCCUUUAUAGAGAUUUGUAUACUGAUGAUGCUUUCUGUAUAGUUUUGUCUGAUUUCAUAAUUCUCAAGGGUAUCAUUUCUGUCUUCAUUUUUAUUAUAUAUCUAUCCAGGAUGAUGUCUGUACCAAUUUUACUGAAA